AUGUCCUCUUGUCCUGUCACUCAUUCCCUGGAAGAAGAGCCCAAGCCUCACCUGGCUGCAACCUCCUGUCAGCUGGCCCUGCUGAAGAUGAGCACCGUGUUCCUCCUGCUCCUGGUGUCCGUGGGGAAGGUUGGAGCUGAGCUGGAGAAAGGAGUGCCCAGGCGGGCGCCGCGGCGCCUGUCGUGCGUGCGAUGCUGUGGCCCUUCGGAGCAGCCUGUGUCCAUCAUCUCCUCACGGCACAGCAGGAUGAGCAGUGACCCUGCCUAUUCGGUGCCCAAGGUUCAGCCCACUAUAGAUAUCACCAUCCUCAAAGGUGAGAAGGGUGAAAUGGGGGAGAAAGGCUACCCUGGAGCAGUUGGGAAGGCAGGAGAAAGAGGCCUACGUGGCUUGGAUGGAAGGAAGGGACAGAAAGGCCAGCCUGGCCCACAAGGCCACUCUUGCAAGCACCUCUAUGCUGCCUUCUCGGUGGGUCGGAGAAAACCUCUUCACAGCUCAGACUACUUCCAGCAUGUCACGUUUGACACUGAGUUUGUGAACCUCUAUAAGCACUUCAACAUGUUCUCGGGCAAGUUCUUCUGCUACGUUCCAGGAAUCUACUACUUCAGCCUGAAUGUCCACACCUGGAACUUCAAGGAGACCUACCUGCACUUGAUGAAGAACGAGGAGGAGGUGGCCAUCCUCUACACCCAGCCCAGCGAUCGGAGCAUCAUGCAGAGCCAGAGCCUGAUGCUGGAGCUGCAGGAAGGAGAGGAGGUCUGGGUGAGGAUGUUCAAGAGGGAGAGAGAAAAUGCCAUUUACAGUGAGGAGUCUGAUGUUUACAUCAUCUUCAAUGGCCACUUAAUCAAGCCAGCUGUAGAGUAG